UCUGCCACAAAUCCUCAAAAUAUCUCAACCUCAACCAUUUAGUAGUAAUAAUUACAGAGAAAAAGAUCAUGGAGAAGAUGAGCGCUUUGGUGGUGUUGAUGAUGUGCAUGGUGGCAAGUGCUAGUGCGCAGAGUGCGAGCAAUGUGAGAGCAACAUACCAUUUGUACAAUCCACAGAAUAUCAAUUGGGACUAUAACGCUGCCAGCGUCUACUGCUCAACCUGGGACGCCAACAAGCCCUUGGAAUGGCGUAGGCAAUAUGGAUGGACUGCCUUUUGUGGACCUGUUGGGCCUCGUGGCCAGGAGUCUUGUGGCAAGUGCUUGAGGGUGACCAACACAAGGACACAAGCCCAAGUAACGGUGAGAAUUGUGGAUCAGUGCAGCAAUGGUGGGCUAGAUUUGGAUGUGAACGUGUUUAAUCAGAUUGACACCGAUAAACAAGGCUAUGCACAAGGCUUCCUUACUGUCAACUACGAGUUUGUCAACUGUUGAGACUAAAACAUCUUCCUUGUUUCAGUGUUUUAAUCUCUUUUCUAAUAAUACUAGAAUAAAAUGGCCAUAUGCUUCUUGUGUCAAAGAAGUAUUUGAUUGUAAACGUUGAAUACUUGGAAGAAUAAUAAUGAUAUAUGCUUCUUAUUUAUGAUAAAAUAAAAUAAAAUGCUUCUUAUUUAAUCUA